GAGCUUCUUCUUUAAUGCAUCCAGAGGAAAUGACAAACCAGAGGCGCUCUGUGGGUAGGCAUGUCAAAUAUUAACACUGAUCCUGGGCUUUAGCCUCAGCCGUUCAGCCUUAACUCACAUGUGAAUGCGCUAAGUGGACAUCUGCGGUCCAGCUCGUUACUCUGCGGACGACCCGCGGGUGGAGGGGGGGCUGGAGUGGACUCGCUGAAUGGACGUCGAUGGACUGGACUGACAUCCACUUCAGUCGGACCGAGCGAGGGAGCGAAAGAGAGCUCUGCGUGUUCAAGUUUCCUGCUCCAAACAGAGCGGCAUCGCGGUGUGCGUGUUGGAUGCGUGUGGAAGUGCGUGUUGGGUGCGCAGCGCCCGCUGGAGCUGGAGCUGGAGCUGGAGCGGCGGCGGCGGCGGUGCUGGAGGUGGAGCGAAGUUUAACGCCGUGAUUUUCUCUUUGUUUGUUUGUUUGUUUGUUUAUUUUUCGCUCGAUUCCCUCCGAUUCUGUUGUGUCGCCAUAAUGUCCCGUAAGUGGACAGGUGGGCUAACGUUUCCCCGAUGAAAACGGAUCAUCUGUGCAGAGGCUCAGUGAUCGUGACUGUGAUGAUGAUGUCGAGUAAGAGCGUGGAGUGGCUGCAGGACGAGCUGGAGUCCGGGGCCGGCGCGCUGCUGCUGCUGGACUGCAGACCCCAUGAGCUGUACGAGUCGUCGCACAUCGAGUCUGCCAUCAACCUGGCCAUCCCGGGCCUCAUGCUGCGGAGGCUGAAGAAGGGAAACCUCCCCAUCCGCUCCAUCAUCCCCAACAACGAGGACAAGGAGAAAUUCGUCAAGCGGUGCAAGACGGACGUGGUUCUCCUGUACGACGAGGCGACGUCGGAGCGACACGAGUCCGGGCUGGGGAGCUCCGUGAUGGGGCUGCUGCUGCAGAAGCUGCGGGACGACGGCUGCAAGGCUUUCUAUCUGGAGGGAGGAUUCAACAAAUUCCAGUCUGAGUAUCCAGAACAUUGUGAGACCAAUCUGGACUGCUCGUGCCCCAGCAGCUCCCCGCCGACCUCAGUCCUGGGCCUGGGCGGACUCCGCAUCAGCUCUGACUGUUCGGACGGAGAGUCCGACCGAGAGCCGAGCAGCGCGACGGAGUCGGAGGGCAGCCCGCUCCCCAACAACCAGCCCGCCUUCCCCGUCCAGAUCCUGCCAUACCUUUACCUGGGCUGUGCCAAAGACUCUGCAAACCUGGAUGUGCUCAGCAAGUACAACAUCAAGUACAUCCUCAACGUCACGCCCAACCUGCCCAACAUGUUCGAGCACGAGGGAGACUUCAAGUACAAACAGAUCCCCAUCUCUGAUCACUGGAGCCAGAACCUCUCGCAGUUUUUCCCUGAGGCCAUUUCAUUUAUUGACGAGGCUCGUUCCAAAAAGUGCGGCAUCCUGGUCCACUGCUUGGCCGGGAUCAGCCGUUCGGUCACUGUCACCGUGGCCUACCUGAUGCAGAAGCUCAACCUGUCGCUCAACGACGCCUACGACUUUGUCAAGCGGAAAAAGUCCAACAUUUCCCCCAACUUCAACUUCAUGGGCCAGCUCCUGGACUUUGAGCGGACGCUGGGCCUCAACAGCCCCUGCGACAACCGCGCCACUUCCCCGCAGCACGACCAGCUCUUCUUCACCACCCCGACCAAUCACAACGUGUUUCAGCUGGACACACUGGAGUCCACUUGAGAGUUUGACUUGAGACUGUCCCAACCCCCUCUCUUUUUUUAAGAGGUAGGAGGUAACGAGCGGCUGCAGUGGGAGGAAAGCAGCCGGUUUUAUUGAAAGUUUUCACCUCCUGAGGCUCCUGCUCCGAGAGCCUGGCCACAGAGCUGCUCUGGAGCGACCGGAGGGGUCACUGAAGCCAAGUUUAAGAAGAUGUGAGAGGAGUUUCUUUAACCCAGAGCAGUGGACUGUGGGUUUACAUCUGAGCUGUCAAGGCUCGACUAAGUUGACUGAACGACCGCAGCAGAACUGACAGCUUAAUACAAAGAAAGGAAAAUGGAGGAUCCACAGAGACGACGGCAUUGCCACUGUCAUGCUGAGCUUGUUGUCGUCUUGUGGAGAAUCUGGGAUUUACUUGCUCUACUAAAUGUAGAGUUUUUUUAAAACCAAGGAAUUUAACACACACACACCCACACACCACACACACUUAAAAAAGUAUGUAAGUUUGUACUGUAUGUAACGUACAACGCAGAACAUGUAUGAGAAGUCCUUAACAAAUUCAAUAUGUCUAUAUGCAUUUUUGUAUAUUUUUAUGUACAUUUACGCACAGAUCUGUAUGUUUAUAUAAUGAUAUACUCUUUAUCUUUGUCCAAAAACAAAGUGAUUCAAUCUGAAAAUGGCUUAAGAGAUUGUAAAACUAAAGAAAGGGAAGAGUUGUUGGAGUUUGUUUUUUUUUUUCCCCCAGACUCAUUUUUAAUUUUUUGUGACACAAUGCAGUUUGCACAGUGGUGUAGCCGACAUAGAUGUGCUGGCACUUGAUAAAGAGACAUUCAGAGAAGAGGAAGAGCAGACAGAGGAGAGGCCAGUCCCAGGCUGCGACUAGUCCGGACAGCUGCGCAGUGCAGUGGGGAGGGAACGGGGACCUGGAGUCCCGGACUGAGGUCGGGGGUCUGGGUGAAGGUUGGAAGUUGGCUUCCCUCCCCAUACCACUGCCCGCUCAGCUGCCGGUGAGGAGCCACAGGGUUGUGUCCACCAGCUUAGUCGUUUCAGCGAGAAACCAAACUCUUUUGAACUUAUUUCCGUUAUUGCAUCACAAGCUUGUUUUGCCAAAACUGGUCUCUGCCCACUCAGACUCUCAUGUUUUUCUUUGUGGAAACUUCCCUGAGAGCAAAAGGAGGAAGUGAUUAACGGUUCAGAGCAACUUUUUUGGGCACCUUAUCUGAGCGGUCUUGCUUUUGCCAAAAAGGACACCAGGAAGAGGGACAGCGGGGGCGUAAUUUGGUGUUUGUGUUGUGGACUGGGACCGGCCUCAGAGACAGACUGCACUGACUGUCCCUUCACUGCAUUAAGGGACAGCAAAGGAGAAGGCUCUUAGUAAGGAUCACCCAUUUCAUUUAAGAUAGUUUUAAGCCUUGGCUGUAUCACCAGAGAGAUAUAUUAAUAGUGAAAAGGGAAUUUAUAUAUUACAGGUAUUAAGCAAAUGGAUCUUAUUUUGUAUACCUGAGCAUGCUGUGGUGCUGUGUGCUCUCUAACAGUCUUUGUAACAAAGGGUUGGAUGUUACUUUAAAACAUGGGAGGACUUUUUGUUUUCAAAGUAUAAAUGGCUUUCUGGGACAACAUGCACAUCUGCUACGCUUAGAGGAAGUGCUAAAGUAAAAAAAAACAAAACAACAGAAUUAAGAAAAAUUCCCAACAAAUGGCUCUAUUCUGUUUGCAAAUUAUUUCCUUCAUUCUUUGAGUCAAUUUGGACGCAGGAUAACAUCUUAGCAUACACCAUGCCACUCAGCUGAAGGUUUUAAUAAUCUUAUCUUAAGAUUUAGACUAAAAGAAAUGAAAUAAAGCAGCUAUUUCUGCUCUAGCUCUUAAUCUACCAAAUGCCACACAGCUUUCCCUUUAUUUGACCAGGGGAAAAAAUAGUCUGUGUAAUCAUGGAGUCAUUUGUAAUCGCACGCAAAGCUGGAAGCCAAAUAAUCAGAGCUAAAACAAGGCAGUCGUCAGAUUUUAAAAAGCUAAAAGUAGACAGGAAAUGUUUGAUUGACUAAUACUUCCUUUAUUUAUGGAGAUGCACCAAUCAAGUUUUUCUGACUUCUUUAAGGUCAAACUUUAGUGCCAAUUGUGACCAAUGAAGAUUUUCUUUCUUCUUUCUUUCAGGAACUGAGAUUAAAAAGAACAUCCAGCUUCUCAUAUAAACUGUAACCAGCUUUCCAGUUCAUCCCCACAGCAUGAUUCUGCCACCACCCGGUUUCACAAAAUGCAAACGUUUUCAUACCAAAUAAGAUAUGAUUAGAUUAGAUAAGAUUGUAAAAACACAAAAUUAAGUGAUUUUUCCUGAUUAAUUUAUAGUCUAGCUUACAGAUUCUAAGCCUUUUAAAACCACAUAACCAUUUAGAGUUGACAUUUUCAUUUUAGCUGUCUUGUAACUUCAAAGCUUGCAACUGAAUGCAACAUUUAGAAAAUGAUAACAGGCCGUAUUAUGUGGACGCAUUUAAAAAACAAUAGUCUAUUGGGCAUAAUUCUUCAGUUUUUUCCUUUACUCUUUCCUUUCUUUCAUCUGGGCUUUUAUAUUCCUUUGCGGAAAAUGAAUCACUACCAAAAAUGAGGUUUCAAAUUGCUGAGCAGAGCCAUUCAAAGGAAAGUUUACCCUAUUCAACUCCGGCCUGACCAAUUGGUGCAUCUCUUUUCAUUUAGCUGAUGAUUUAAAGCAGUUUUUCAAAAAAUAAAGUACAGGAUGUUUAAAUCCAAAGUGAUUCUCUCGUAAAUCAGGAACAUUUUUCCAUGAAGCCCAGCGUCUAUCAGUAACUGAUUGUUAAAGAGCAGAUGUGGACGGGGUCUAAACAGAAACAAAGCUCCGGGUCUCUGUGGGAAGCAGCAUUUGGAUCUCCUCGUUGGUUUAAAGCUGGCCUUAUAUAACCUUUCUAACGCUGACUGUUCAAUACUCUUGUAAUCGCACUUAUUAAAAAAUAUUUCUCUGUUUUUUUUGGUUUUUUUAAAUAGGAAUACGGUAAUAGCAGAGAGGCACGCUGCCUUCUUACCGUAACGGGUCACACGAGGUCCUCUUUGUUACUCUGCAGUAUAUCAGAACACCUUGUUUUGCAGAAUUUUGUACAUCUAAGACCUCAACGUUUUUAAAUUCCUCUCCUUUUGUACGAUAUCUGCUCUGUGUAACUGUUCAGGAUCCUUCGGGGUCAUGAGCUUUUGGACUAAAGCACCAUUUCACCUGGUGCAAAUGAAUCCAUCAUCAGAGGCCAUUGCAAACACACACACACACACACCCCUCCACACGCCUACACACCCAAAGCUUUACACAGCCAGAGCUGUGCUUCAGCAUGCCAGUAUUUGUCUCAACACCCAGCUUAAAUAAUUACAAAUGUUUUCUUUUUCCUCAUAUUUUGAUAUAAUAUGCUAUUCCUGUGGCCUUUCAAUAUGAAUAUACUGUAUAAUCUCAGUAUAUGUAUACAUUUUGAAUUUAUAUGCAAAGUUGAUCUGAUAUUACGAAAACAAUACGAUCGAGGUUCCUUGUUUGGAUUCGUAUCCCAUUUACAAUAAAACGGUGAGCAGCGAGAACUUGAUCAUUUGCACCAGAGGACAGGAAUAUUUCAAGGCGCAGCUUUUCUAUUUAAAGAGAACAUGGUUUAUUUUGAGCUGCUUUCUUCUGAAUAGUGUUUUUUUUGUUGUAUGGUUUUUUGUGUGUGUGUGUGUGUGUUGGUGUCUUUCUAACAUCAAAAGAGAAAUAGAGUCAUUUUCUCUGUUUGUAAAUUUCCCAGAUCACGGGAACGGACGUUUCCGUGUCCUUAAACUUGUAGCUACAGUACAUGCGCUUGAGAGAGGAAGGUUGUGUGAAAAAUCGAGAGCAGAUAGAGGAGCGGGAGGAGGCGGUGCCACGAUAAAACAAAAUGAAAGGAGGAGUGAAUGACUUGAUAAAUGUUACCUCAGUGAGGAAUUCUUCAGGGAUAUUGUUUUUUUUUGUUUUCUUUUCUUUUUUGACAAUGCAUCUUGCAUCGUGUUACAGCUUAAAAGUCACGUUGAAUAGCUGUUUUAUUUUGUGCUGUAAGCGUUUUUUUAAAAAUAAUGAUAAAAAAAAAAGAUGCAAUCUGUCUCUGUAUAAAAAGGAUGGGCAUGUUAACCAGGGCAGUGUCACCUUUCUGUCUACUGAGAGAAAAGUGAUUGACCUUACGUAUUGUACAGUGUAUGGAAGCAACUCAAGACAUGUUUAUACAGCAAAUAAAUCUUGAAAUAUUUUUUUCUUUAA